GCACCACUCAUAAAUUCAAUGGAACAUUUUGGACAUAUCCUAUAAGUUCAAAGAAAAAAUAUACACACAAAAAAAAAAAAAAAAAAAGAACAAAUGGUCGGCUUCACCAAGAAUUCAGGACUUUAAAGCAACUUCUUUUAAUCCCAACACGCAACUCCUUCUUUCUUCCAAGAUUCAUCUUCAAAACCAACAUAUUAUUUAUUAAUAUUAGUGUUCUUUGUGAGAGUAGAUAAUCUAACUUUCUAUUGUUAUUCAAACAAACAAUUCUUUCCAGAUUUAGUAACAAAUGGGUUCUCUGAUCAUACCCUCAAAACUCAACACUUCAUCUUCAGUUCUUGAUCACCAUCAUACCUCUUUGUUCAUCUACAAAACACCAUCAAAGAUCAAGAAGAUUCACUCUCCUGUUGCAAGAUUGUUUGGGCCAUCAAUCUUUGAAGCUUCAAAGCUGAAGGUGUUGUUUUUGGGAGUUGAUGAGAAGAAACAUCCUGGGAAUCUGCCAAGAACAUACACACUUACACAUAGUGAUAUUACUUCCAAGUUAACUCUUGCAAUCUCUCAGAAUAUCAAUAAUUCUCAGUUGCAAGGGUGGUAUAACAAGUUAUAUAGGGAUGAAGUGGUGGCAGAAUGGAGAAAAGUGAAAGAACAUAUGUCUCUUCAUGUACAUUGUCAUAUAAGUGGUGGCCAUUUUCUUCUAGAUUUGUGUGCUCGUCUCAGAUUCUUCAUUUUUACCAAAGAACUACCCCUGGUGUUGAAGGCAUUUGCUCAUGGGGAUGGUAAUUUGUUGAACAAUUAUCCUGACCUACAAGAAGCUUUGGUUUGGGUUUAUUUUCACUCCAACAUUCCCGAGUUUAACAGAGUGGAAUGUUGGGGCCCACUUAAAGAAGCGGGUGGGUCCUCUUUUAGGCGUGGACCCACCACGCCCAUUGAUAUGAUUCCAAGUCCUUGCCAAACAGACUGCUCGUGUUGUUUCCCACCAAUGACGUCAAUUCCAUGGUCGGAAGAUGUAGUCAAUGGCAAGGGAGACGAUUUUGGGACCGACCAAGGCUUAGGCCAAAAAAUUUGAUAUAUUAUUGAUGGGUAAUUGAAAUGUAAAUGAAAUCCUAACAAUGCCUUAUAAAGAUGAACUUGUAAGUUAGUAUUGCAUGAUGUAGAUAAAUAUAGGUGUUCAUGUUGUUUAUAUUUUAUUUUAUUUUGUUGUAAUGUAAUGGGUAGCGGAUUUGAAUAUAUGUUUGGUGGUUCACGAUUAUUUAUAAAUUUAAAAUUAUAUUGUGUUUGAA